AUGCCUUGGCUACGGAAGCACAACCCCCAGAUCGACUGGACCUCGCUGACGAUCCAGUUCGGCGAGACGCUCAGGGCGGUGACCUUCGAGCCAGAGACGCGCACACAAUACCGGAGCGUAGUCAUCAAAGUCCUACCGCGAGACGAAGACGACUGGGUAGGAGAGGCCCCGGACGACCCCAACACGAUACUAGAGGAUGUGGUGGGCCCUCAACCACAAGAGGAGACUCGCGACCUCGCUUGGGACGAACCCGGGGGACCUCGACAGCUGAACUCCAAGCAGCGCAAACGA